AUGGCGACCGUCCCCUCGAAAUUCCCCGACGCGAAAUCCCCCUCCGUGCACCUCGCCCAUCCGACCCCCUCCGAGCGCCGCGCCUUCCUCACGAACAAUGGACAAUCAUGGCGGGGCAACCUCACCAUCGAGCAGUACCUGGUGCGCGAGGACGCGGUGUACGACUACCUGACGCCGGCGAACAUGACGUACUGGGUGCUGGUGGACGGCGAUGGGGAGGAGCGCAUGGUGCUGUCGAGCUGCGAGACGUACAAGAGACGGGGGAUUGUCGCGAGGGAGGGGAAGGUAAAGGAUGUGGUUGGGCAUGGGAUUGGGAGCGUGUUCUGUAGGCCGGAGUUACGGGGACGAGGCUACGCGGGGCGCAUGAUGGAGGAACUGGGUAAGAAGCUUCAGCACUGGCAGACUGAGGAGCAUGAGUGUCUAUUCAGCGUGCUAUUCUCCGACAUUGGCAAGAAAUACUACGCCCAAUUCGGCUGGCAACCCUUCCCCUCCACCCACCUCCACCUCGCCACCAUCCCUCUCACCACCCCCUCCCUUCCCUCCCUCCCCCCUACCCGCCCCCUCACCACCUCCUCCCUCCCCCCCCUCUGCACUCUCGACGAAUCCCUCCUCCGCCACCGCCUCCCCCCCACCUCUGCCGCCUCCCCCUCCACCUCCCUCGUCACCUUCCUCACCACCGCCGAGCUCCUCGGCUGGCACCACGUGCGCGAAGACGUCAUUGCCACCGCGACAUUCGGGCGGCCGGCGGAGGUGCGGGGCGCGGUCUGCGGGGAGGAGGGGGAGCGGGUGUGGUGCUACUGGUUGCGCAGCUGGUAUAAUGCGGAUGGGACGAACACUGAGAGGAAUCAUUUGCAUGUGUUGCGGAUUGUGGUAGAGGGGUGGGACGGGGCGGAUGGAGGGGCGGUGGGGGAGGGGAGGGAGUGGGUAGGGGGGAUCGCGGCGGUGUUGGACGCGGCGAGGAGAGAGGCGAGUGGGUGGCAGAUGGAGGGGGUGGAGGUGUGGAAUCCGAGUGAGGUGGUGGUGGAGGCGGGGAGGUUAUUGGAGGGGGGGUGUAGGGUAGAGGAGAGGGAGACGGAGAGUAUUCCAUGUUUAAGGUGGUAUGGGGAGAGGAAGGGGGAGAGCGUGAGGGACGACGUCCAGUGGGUUGCGAAUGAGAAGGCGGCGUGGUGUUAG